CAGCCUGACGAAUAUGGAGAAACUCCAUCUCUACUAAAAACAGAAAAAAUCAGCCAGGCAUGCUUUUUCCUCUCUUCAGCAUGGGGCGCCUACAACUUGCGCGCUCUCUUUCUGCUGCUCCCCAGCUCUCGGAUACAGCUGACACCGUGGGUUUCGGAGACCUGAAAAGCCCCGCCGGCCUCCAGGUGCUCAACGAUUACCUGGCGGACAAGAGCUACAUCGAGGGGUACGUGCCAUCACAAGCAGAUGUGGCAGUAUUUGAAGCCGUGUCCGGCCCACCGCCUGCCAACUUGUGUCAUGCCCUACGUUGGUAUAAUCACAUCAAGUCUUACGAAAAGGAAAAGACCAGCCUGCCAGGAGUGAAGACAGCUUUGGGCAAGUAUGGUCCUGCUGAUAUGGAAGACACUACAGGAAGUGGAGCUACAGAUGGUAAAGAUGAUGAUGCUGCUGAUCUCUUUGGAUCUGAUGAUGAGGAGAGUGAAGAAGCAAAGAGGCUAAGGGAAGAACAUCUUGCACAAUAUGAAUCAAAGAAAGCCAAAUUAGAGGAGUGCGUCAGAAGCAUGCAAGCAGACGGCUUAGUCUGGGGCUCAUCUAAACUAGUUCCAGUGGGAUACGGAAUUAAGAAACUUCAAAUACAGUGUGUAGUUGAAGAUGAUAAAGUUGGAACAGAUAUGCUGGAGGAGCAGAUCACUGCUUUUGAGGACUAUGUGCAGUCCAUGGAUGUGGCUGCUUUCAACAAGAUCUAAAAUCCAUCCUGGAUCAUGGCAUUUAAAUAAAAGCUUGAAAGAUUAAAAAAAAAA